UUUCCGGUGAAGUCACAUGAUAGAUAAAAAUGGCAACACUUGAUGUUCGGCUGAAGAAAGUUAAUAAGAUCUACAAAGAGGGUGAUGUUGUUGCUGGUGUGAUUGUUGUAACCAGUAAUGGAGAUUUACAGCAUCAAGGAAUCACAUUAACUGUAGAUGGUGCUGUCACUUUACAGCUGAGUGCCAAAAGUGUUGGACUGUUUGAAGCAUUUUACAACUCACUUAAGCCUAUCCACUUGAUAAACUAUUCACUGGAGAUAUCGAAACCUGGGAAACUGCCAUCAGGAAAGACAGAAAUUCCAUUUGAAGUUCCAUUAAAACCUAAACCAAAUAAAACCUUAUAUGAGACUUACCAUGGUGUAUUUAUCAAUGUACAGUAUUCAAUAAAGGUUGAUAUGAAAAGAUCUCUACUGAGUAAAGACUUACAGAAAUCAAUUGAAUUUAUUGUAGAAAAUAAAACAACAAAUAAAGAUGAAAAGAACAAAUCCAAAGCCAUUCCAUUCACCAUCUCUCCAGAGACAUUAACAAAUAUCAAGGAGAAAGGAAAUGUGCCAAAGUUUAAGAUCAAAGGAAAACUUACAUCUUCAGUAUUGAAUAUAACGGAACCAUUGACAGGGGAAUUAAUGGUUGAUAGCUGUGAUGCCCAGAUAAAAUCAAUAGAAAUACAGUUAGUAAGAGUAGAAACCUGUGGAUGUGCAGAAGGUUAUGCUAAAGAUGCUACAGAAAUACAGAAUAUACAAAUAGCUGAUGGUGAUGUCAGCAGAGGGCUACUGAUACCGAUUUAUAUGAUAUUUCCAAGAUUGUUUACCUGUCCAACAUUGUCAACAAAUAAUUUUAAAAUAGAUUUUGAAAUAAAUGUUGUUGUGGUAUUCAGAGAUGAUCAUCUAGUGACUGAGAAUUUCCCAAUCAAACUCGUUAGAUACUGAACAUUAAGAUUUAUACAAGUGCAAUAUUUUUAUCUGUUAUAUAUUUUUAAAUAAAAGAAUAAAACACUUU